CUUGAUUUUACGUCAUUGGUAAGGUCGAUUUUGCAUGCGUCUUGAAUGAUAAAUAUACGUACAAUUGUCUAUAAAACCCCGGCGCACGCGCAGACGUACAAACGAAAGUGUUCGAAAAUGAAGGUUUUGAUAGCUGUUCUUCCCCUGAUCUUGGGCGUGGUGGCGGAGGCGCCUUACCCCCCGAGUGGGUUCCGACCUAGCGGACCUGCUUUUGAGUUACCUCAGAAACAAACUCAGAACACCCAGCAACAGCAGUACCUCCCACCCGUGGACCCUCGCAGGCCCUCAACCCCCGACAAUGCGUACGGCCCACCUGAAGAGGACGACGUCUCCGUCCAGGGUUUGCCCACCCAGGAGCAACUGCCCAUCUUCCAGCCGUCUCCAAUCAAUGGACAGCAGUAUGUGGGACCAGCUCUGCAGAGGGAUCUGAAGAAUUUGGAUGAUAGUUACAGGCAACAACAGUAUCAACAACAACAGGAGAAAUAUAGAGAAUACGAAAGGCAAAGACAAUUGGAAGCUCAAGCCAACAAUGACAGGCCUAACCCAGUAGCUCCCAGACAAUUUGGACGGACUACACCUCGGCCCGAAACUUCUACAACCCAAAGAUCUGAUGAAGAUAGAACAAUCACUUCAACAACAGAAACUAUCGACUUAAACGAAGGAGAAACUCUUGAUGAUGACUCAAAGAAUGCAAAAGUAACAGUAGAAGUAUCAAAACAGAAUUUGCAAGAAUAUCCUGGUGAAUUUUACUUGAGUUCACUAGCUCAGUUGCAAUUACAACCCCAGUUUGUACCAUUCCAAAUUAGUCAGUUAAGAGCGCCAUUGAUAGUUCAACCUCAAUCUUCUGAGAAACAAGUGGCAGGUUAUGAUGCUCAAACUCAUUUUGCUGCUUUGCCUUCAGUGUUAGCUCAAAGACAAGCUUUCGAACAACAACAGCAAGCUGUAUAUCCAGAUCCAGCGUUUAUAGCUAGAAAUCAGCAAGAAUACGCAGCUCCAGUUCAGCCUUUGAAUCAGCAACCGUUCAUUGCACCAGUGAAUCAAUAUCAGCCUUUGAUUCAACCCCAAGUUUCUCAAGUGCAAGCUUUCCCUCAAAUCCAAGCACAGCCUGUAGUCUUCCAGCCUCAAGCUGUUAAUCAAGCUCCUUACUAUCCUCAACCUUCGUCCGAUACGGAACAGGUUGAAGAAAAAGAUGCCCAGAAUCAGCCGCAAUUUGUUUACCAACCUCAACCAGCUUAUCAACCCCAGCCGGCUUACCAGCCACAGCCGUCCUAUCAACCCCAAUACCCUCAGCCACAGCUUAUUCAAGGUCAACAGAAUGUAUAUCCUCAAACUCAGUUCUACCCCAAUCAAGAUUUACUUCAAUAUCAGAACGGAUUUCAACCACAAUUACAGCGAGCAGAGUUUGGCCAACAGCAGCAGGCACAAGACGGGUUCCUUCAAAGUGGACUGGAUUUAAACCAACAAGGCAACGGGGUCGAACAAGAAGAAAAAGAAGAGGCUGAUGAUGGAAACCAAGCUACUGCUACAGCGGUGGCGACGGCGUUUGGAACAAGAACUCAACCACGUGUGCAGUACGGAGUGCCACUCCCGAGAGCGCAGGCAAACCCGGGGUAUCAAACUACUACGGAAGCCUCAUUUGAGGCCACAACGGCGGACGGCCCCGUGGUAGCUGAAGCAACCGCUGUGGCGAACCCAGGUGGAAGGAGAAAGAGCGCCAAACUAAGGAACAGAAGACUUCGGCCCGUUUUCACUCUGGACAAGUCUGGGCACCUUGUGUUGGCUGAACAAAAUUGAUUUGUAAAAUUUGUAAUUUAUACUAUUUAUUUAUUUAAAGUAACCUUUAUAUUGUUAUUCUUUGCUUAACGGCGAAGUGACAAAUCACUACCACUAUAUAGUAUAAAGCAGUCGCUUCCCGCGUCUGUCCCUAUGUCAGUAUGUAUGCUUAGAUCUUUAAAACUACACAACGGAUUUUGAUGAAGUUCUUUAAAUAGAAAGAGUGAUUCAAGAUGAAGUAUUAAAUUGCAUAAAUGUUACCCGUGCAAAGCAGGCUGAGUUAAUUUUAAAGAAACCUGAGUUAAUUUUAAUUCUAAUACAAACUAUAUCUGUAUUUACCUCUUCAUGUAGUUACAUAACCUUCAAUUUGUUGAUAAAAUUAUCGUCUGGAUUUAAGACAUACCUGAAAAUGUCCUGUAUUGCCUGAACGUCAACGAUUUGGGAGAUUUAAAUUUAAUAGUAUUUAAAUGAAGUGAACUUGUUUGUUUUUAGUUCAUUGCAGUCCUGAUAUACAAAACCUUUCUACAAUACAAACUUGUUUG